UUUGUUGCCGGGAACGGGCACGCGGCGUUCCCAGACAUUUUCCGUGGCACUGGUCCCAGCGGGGGCCGCUGACGGUGUGGACGGCUGCAGGAGGUUGGGGCUUUCCGUCUCGCCGUUGCCCCCGGUGUCCAGGCUCGGCCCGCUCGGGACAGUGUUGCCGUGCCCGAAUUCAUCCCCGGGCUGGCUUGAUUCGGGUUGCAGCUCAACUUCCACAACGGGCGCGUGGGCAGGCGCCGUAGAUGAGCUGGGCGUAGCAAGAGAUGCCCGCCGAGACGACGCAUGCUGCGAGCGGGGUAGCACCGCUGAGGUGAUAGUUUGUCUGGACACGACACUCUAUACGCUCAUCGAGCAACAGAGCGGCGUCAUAGGGGCUAAUGAAGGUAUCUGCCGAGCCUUUUGCCACCACAGCUUCAUCCCUUGGCUCUUACCUCAGGGUCUUCGACAACCUGAUUGCCCGCAGCGAUGUCCAUGUCCUGCAAGUCGAAGAGCCCGACCCCAGAGGCGCGGCCGCCAUUAGGGCCAUCACCUACAAUGACAUUCUCAUUGCCGCCAAGAUCCUCCGCAGCAACCCCACGCUUACCCUGGACGAGGCGGCCGAGCAGCUCUGGGCAAGGCUAGGCACCACGUGCUCAGCACGGCAGCCAAGGUUGACGAUGCGCGUAUCUGUGCGGGCCAUGUUUAUGAUCGAUUGCACCGGACCGGUGGACGGAUGGCUGCCCAACGAGCGCUUCGACGACCUUGCCUCUAGGGUGUUUCCAAGGGCCUUGGCCAUAUCCACCGCGGCGAAAGAGGCAAUGAACGACCGGAAGUCUAUGAAAGCAUGGAAGCUCAAGGCUAGAUUCCGCCUCCACUGCCGUGGCACCGACAACCUGGCCCGCCACUUACUCUUGGACCUGUCGCAUCCGGACGGGGCCGACCCUGUAUAUCGUUCACUAUACUGGCUUUCUCAAGGUCCAACUGGACCGUGGGAAGCAAGAAGGUCUCUCCAAGGAAGCUGACUUUCCGGAAUGUCUCAAAAGGCACGCCGUACACAUCCCUCUUCAUAUCUAACUUGCCU